AUGUCAUUCCGGCGACUACUGAGUGCGGUCCGGUCAGCGCGGGAAGCCAUCACCCGAGGAGCUCCGAUGGCGGACGGACUGUUGAAAUCCUUGUUAUCAGUUAUUGUAAUAUUUUGCAUCGCGGUGUCGUCGCCUCCCUCGGCGUCUGCGAAACCGUUUGCGUUCAGUUUUCCUGCGGGAUGGUCACUGGCUGGCCUGGUGGGCACCGUGGGGGCGCGCUCUGAGGAUGCCGAGCGGAGAGAGCCAGCAGCGGGGGCAAAGCCCUACACGGGGCGACGCAUCGCUAACGACACGCUGCGGAUGGUGUACCACCACGACCUGACGGUGGCCGUGGUAGAGCUGGGGCCCAAGAAGCUGCUUCUCAACUGUGAACUCAUCGAGACACAUGACGAGGAAGACACGGGCCGACUGCUGCGGCAGCUGAGCAGGAUCAACAGGCCGCUCGGAGUCACCUUCCCGCAGAUGGUCAAGCUAAUGUCACAGUGCCAGCAGGUUGCAGGCGUAGAAGCUUUAGACGAGAGCGACCAUCCUAUCCUUGGUAGUACCGGUGGAGGCUGGCGAGAAACCGGCACCGCACGAGCCCGGCUAGAUGCUGGUGGCGCACAUGCUGGGCUGUUAGGGGGCAGUCCACUCACAUUAUUGCAAGGAAUUAUACCAGGUACAAAGUGGUGCGGCACGGGUGACAUAGCCACAGACUACCACGACCUGGGCGCAGACAGGCGCCUGGACCGCUGUUGCCGCACGCACGACCUCUGCCCCACGAAGGUGCGCGCCUUCUCCAGCCGCUAUAACCUCACCAACAACUCACUAUACAGCAAGUCUCACUGUACUUGUGACGACAUGCUCUUCGAUUGCCUCAAGACCACCAACACCUCCGCCUCACAUCUCAUGGGACACAUCUACUUCAACAUCGUUCAAGUACCCUGCCUCGAGGACGUCGACGACGCUCGACGAUUUCGUAAUGCUAGGCUGGGAUUUUAA